CCUCUUACAGACAGCUUAUUUCAGGCUUCCUCACUGCAUCAACAACUCAGUCCUUGACACCUGCUGUCUGACUUAAAGUCUGCACUUCAACUAUCAGCCACAAGGGACACUGCUGAGCCCCCUCUGCUCCAAUGCAGUUGUGCAGGUACAGAUUAACCCGAGAGAGCAUUGAGCUUUGAACUAGUUGUAAGAGCAGCUUUCAGAGUCCGUCCUCCUCCCUUCUCCCUGAAGAGGAAGAGUGAUUCCCACUGAGAUCUUUCUUUAAUCCGACAGUGCUGCUGUCAGUGGUUGUCAGGGGCUGUCACAUUACAGUGGAGGUGCUGGGCAGACUCUGACUGCAGGUGUUACCUUUCCCUUCCGCCUACUGUCCCACUUUGGAUUAUAUUACUGCAACUGUGUGAAGGACAAGAGCUAAAGUCAUAUCUAAAAGAACAGAAAAAAUAUUUCAGACACCAUGGGAAUUUUAUUAAGAUGGAAUCACUGCUUUCAAGUACUGGGGAUUAUGCACUUGUAUAUGAAUUUCUCAUUUGCUCUGUUGGAAGUUCAUGUUGAACAAACAACUGUAAUUGCUGUUGAAGGACAAAGCAUUGUUUUACCCGUAUGGUAUUCCACUAACUCUCUCAAGUCACCAUAUAUCACCUGGAGCAUUGAAAGAGCAUCUAAAAAAGAAGUUCAGAUUUUAAAAUAUAUGGGAGAUGUUACCACCGUUCAAGAACCACAAUUCAAAAAUCGUUUGGGCUUUGUUUAUCCGAUGCCUUCAAGAAAUAUUUCUAUUAUAAUUAACAGUACUCAGGAAAUAGAUUCUGGUCAGUAUAAAUGCGUAGUUAAUGUGGAAGAUGACGAUAGCUCUGGAGGUGGAAAUAUUGGAGAAAUAAAUGUUACUGUACUAGUUAUUCCGUCAGUUCCUGUAUGCCAGAUACAUGGAAAUCCUUAUGUUGGCUCAAAUAUCACACUGAGCUGCAAGUCAUCCUCUGGUAAGCCAGACCCAAGCUAUACCUGGACACGGACAUCGCCAACUACUCAGUAUUAUUUUUCCCCUGCUCAAGAUAGUGUGAAAGGAACUUUAACCUUGACAAAUCUAACUUUUGAAAUGUCUGGAGUUUAUCUUUGUACAUCCAAAAAUAUAGCUGGAUCUAGGACGUGUAAUAUAACAAUGGAUGUGACUUCAUUUUCUAGGACAGCAGUAAUUGUUGGAGCAGUUGUGGGAUCCAUUGUUGGAGUAUUCUGUCUGGCAAUCCUGGUGGGUGUUCUGUUUUAUUUCUACAGAUGCAAAAAGAAGGACUCACAAGAUGAAAUGGAAAAUGACAUUAAAGAGGAUGCUCAAGCUCCAAAAACUCUUACGUGGGCAAAAGGCAACGGAUCAGAUAUAGUUUUCAAAAAUGGCACGUUAUCAUCUGUGAACACAAACAGGGAACACAAAUCAUACGCAUCCAAAUCUCCUUCUGAAACAGGCUCUGUAAUUACUGCAGCAGGAAGUAACGUGGGCUUUAAGCCUAACUAUGCGCACAAUGCAAGCGGAGUAACAACGCCAUCACCAAGCUUGUCCAGCCAGACAUUACCAACCUAUAUGCCACCCCAGAACGGUAACUUUUACAACACUGCAAUGCCAGCCAAUAGAAACACACUGCAGAAAACAAAUGGAAUGGAACAUCAGCCUCCAAGAAAAGAACUUCAUAUAACAUCUGGAGUGACACCAUCCAAUCUUGUGAGAAUGGGGGCAGUGCCAGUAAUGGUGCCAGCCCAAAGCCAGGCGGGAUCACUGGUGUGACUCAUCAUCAAGCACUUUUAUAUUUUUCUACAAUAAACAUUACUGAUAGUUUACAAGUAUUAUUCAAUAGCCAACAUUUAUAAAAAAGCAUCGAAAGACGUCUCAAGUUUGUUAAUCAGCUACAAUUCAUGGGUGCCGCUACUGUCCCAGAUAUAUACAGAUAUUAUACCUCCUUUAUCUGCUUAUGAAAGGUGUAAAUUUUAUAUUUUCUAUCUCUGAUAUCAUUUGUUUAAAAUUUUGUUUAUGGUGAAUCUUUUGCUUUUAAAAGUGUUUAUAUAUA